CACAAGUUUCGUUAUUUAUUGUAGCAGAACUCUGCAUCGUCAUAAUUUUUAUCAUUGCCUUGCACUCCCCUCGAAAGCUUCACGCCAUGCACUUCUUCCCACUCCUCUCUGUUGCGGCAACACUUGUCGUUCCCGCGACAGCUCUCCCAAAGCUUCAACAGCGACAAGCACCCACUGGUGUUCCGGAUUACGUUCUCAAUUAUGCACCACUCGUUUACCUCUAUUCCGGAGAGCAAUACUUCCCAUCGGACAUUCGGGCGCAGGUCUCAAACACCAUUCCCGAAAUAAACUUUUCCCCGGUUGCUAAUGUCGCGAACCCACUUGAUCUCAACAGUCUCAACACGCUGAGUCAAGAUGUCUAUCUCACAUCGAAAGACGACAUCACCAAGAGCCCUGCCUGGCUGAGAGGAGUAAAACUAGACGGCUCUGGAAAGACGAACAAUGCCGUGACUGCAGCAGUCAUUGUUAAUGACAAGGGUAGCGGUAAUGUGGAUGCUUUCUACAUGUACUUUUAUGCCUACAAUUGGGGCGGAAUCGUUGCUGGUAUUAAGAGCCUACAGUUUGGGAACCACGUGGGCGAUUGGGAACACAACAUGAUACGCUUUUCAAGCGGGGUACCACAAUAUAUCUGGUACUCCCAACACAGCAAUGGCGAAGCCUUCAAAUACUCGGUCGUCGAAAAAUCAGGUCUGCGCCCCAUCGUCUACUCUGCCAACGGCUCUCACGCCAACUACGCCAUCUCCGGGACACAUGACCACACUAUCCCCAACCUCAAUCUCCCAGCUGGCUUCCUCGAAGAUCAUACCGACAAAGGGACGCUCUGGGACCCGCUACUUUCUUCUUACCACUACUCUUAUACGCCUAGCGGCAAUUCAUUUACACCGUAUGAUACAACCGGCACCACGCCGGUGAAUUGGUUGUAUUUUAAUGGCAGGUGGGGAGAUCAGGAGUACCCAACCAGUGAUAAGAGACAGGUGAAAGUGUUCGGGCAGGCAAAAUAUGCGAGUGGGCCGACGGGACCGGCAGAUAAGCAAUUGAAUCGGUCGAAUGUGUGUCCAGAUAAUGGCCAGGAGUGUAUUUUACGAACGAUAUUGGUUCCGAAAGAUCUUGGAGAGUUGGAGAGAUGAGAGGGAUAUUGGGUAGAGUGGGAUAAUCCCGUAAUGUGGCGGUAAUCGUAACUUCUAAUUCAAGACUCACUUUGAUAUGAGUCUUGCUUCAAUUAAAGCUUCAAACUCAG